CAUGAGGAAUUAGAGGUCUGAAUGGUCAUUAACAUAUCUUUUGUUUCCAAGGGUGGGAGAUGUCUGAGGUGUGAAUUGGUCAUUAAAAUGUGUGACAAGCUUGGUAGGAACAUCCUGUGUUCAGUGUUUUGUCCAUCUGAGCACCUUGAAAAUGCUUUGCAUGCAUUAUUCAUGAUGUAAAAAGGUUCUGGACAGCAUCAGAAACUGUAAGAGUUAAAAAAAAAAUUUCAAACGCAAACGCUUCUAAAUGCGAUUUGCCACGUUUAUUUGGAACGUUGAGAAAAUCGACAUCUGAAUGCAAGUUUGUUGCGU